AGGCUUCCUCCCUCCAUCCUCCCCCCACUCCUGCCUCGCAUCCCUCCCUCCAGCAUCCCUCCCUCCUGCAUCCCCUCCUGCAUCCCUCCCUCUCUCCCUCCCGUUGCUUGCGCAGAGCCCGCAGCCAUGGCGCUCAGCAAUUUCCUCUUCGCUCAGUGCAUCUGCUACUUUCUGGCCUUCCUCUUCAGCUUCAUCGUGGUGGUGCCUCUCUCUGAGAAUGGCAACGAUUUCCAUGGCCGGUGCCUCCUCUUCACCGAGGGCAUGUGGCUCAAUGCCAACCUGACGGUGGAGAGGCAGCGCUUCACCGUGCAGGAGUGGGGGCCUGAGGCCGCUUGCCGCUUCAGCAUCUUCACCGGGCUCCUCUCCCUGCUGCUGGCCACAGUGCAGGCCUGGAGGACCCUCUUCUUCCUCUGCAAAGGGCACGAGGACUCUUUCUUUUAUGCCUUCCUGAAUCUGCUGAUCAGCUCCUUUGUGGUGUUUAUCACAUUUAUUGCUAGCACUAUAGUGAGUGUAGGAUUUAACAUGUGGUGUGAUGCAAUUACCGAAAAAGGAAGCAUGCCAAACAGCUGUGAAGAGUUACAGGAUAUAGAUCUUGAGCUGAAUGUAGAAAAUUCUGCUUUCUACGACCAGUUUGCUAUUGCACAGUUUGGUCUCUGGGCUGCCUGGCUGACUUGGCUGGGAAUUACCAUUCUGGCUUUCCUGAAGGUUUACCACAACUACAGACAGGAGGACCUGCUAGAUAGUCUCAUCCAUGAGAAGGAGCUGUUGCUAGGAAGAUCCUCUUCACGAACCUCUUUGCAAGAUGAGAAAAGUGGCAUGAUCUAAAGUGUAAGCAAAUUUUCAGGGCAGGAUCUAGAUUUUAUUAUUGAGUAGUGUGACCUGAAGUUGAGUCAGGGUAGUGAAUGUGUGAGAUCUUUUAUUUCCUGAAAGGAGUUGUACUUGUGAAUCACCCACAUCCUCCAUGAGAAACUGUUGGCAGAAAUACUUUAAGAUGCAGAGAAUGAAUGGCCCCAUGUGCCAUUUGCACAGCAAACUUUCUGUCCUGUGCAGGCACAACCUGUAACCUGCUCUUGCUAGCAGAGCUCCUACAUGCCAUCACUGCCUUUUAGAAAAAGGGGUCAAUUUUCUGAACUGUGCUAGCAAGACCAGACUACAGUCUUGGCUAUUUCUUCAAACACUUCUGCAACAACAGUUGUAAGUGGGGCUUUGUCCAGUCCCUCUUUGCUCCCUCUUCUCCCUUUUGCCAGUAAAGCUGUCCCUAUUCUCACUUUAUUCUGGGUAAUUCCAGUUCUGGUCCUUGUACAGAUUCUUGCUGUAUUUGCUUUUGCUAUGUGUGGGCACAGUGCUGAUCAACCUGCUGCUCCUGCUCUGGUUUUGACUUCAUCUAGAACAUAGGGACCUGUGGUGCAGACUUAAUGUUGUUAAAUAUCAACAUUCUGCAGUCUUAAUGAAUUUCAUGGAACUGCUAUACUAUUACAGUACCUGUCAAAAACUGAGUAUCAUUUGGAAAGAUGGUGGAAAACUUUUGCGGUUUUGUUUCCUCUUAGAUUUUGGCAUGACCAGUAUUUAUUAUGACUCCUGAAGUGUAGUGUAGCUAGCAAUUGCUGAUGCUUGCAUACCAAGAAAUUAGGCUGAAUAGAUAGUGUUACUGCUUAUGCAUUUAUAAGUGUAACUUGGUUCCUAAUAUUGUAUACUAUUCAGUUAUGAGUAUCAGAAUUUACUUGUGAUCUUCCAUUCAUAUAGAGUAUGCAAAAUUACUGUAAACAUUUGCAUUGUAGGUUUCUCUGUAUAUCUGUGAACACAUCAAGGAGCUUGAACAACUGGGUUAUUUUAUAGGUGGUUCAGUGUUGAAUGGGUCUAUUCUACCCACUCACAGACAGGAGUUCCAGGGCUGAUGAAUUUUGCUGUGGAAAAGGAGAAGAACAGAUAUUUUAAGAAAGCUUACGAGUGACUUUGUUGUUGUGUUCAGUUUUGCUUGGCCAGUGCUUCAGCAAAUUAGGUGGAUGGUAGAGAUGAGGAGUAGAUCCAACAGUUAAGGAGAGUCACUCCUUAAUGAGUGUAGUGAUUUGCAGUGCAUAGAAGUAAAGUUGUACUACAAUUGGGCAGCUAUCCCUGAGUAUACAUUACACAGAAGACCCUGACUUAGCAGAAACCCUAAGCAAGCAUUAAAGUCCAGUUUUUUUGGGUUUUUUGGGGAGGAAGCUGGUUUUGGAACUGAGAUUCAAAUUAUUGCAACAUGAGUGCAAACCAUAUAUAUCUAUGUUGCUUGGAAAAUAGGGAGACUGGGGAAAGAAGACAGCUGGCUUCUCCAUCAGAGCUGGAGCCUGGGGCUAGCCCAGCUGUGCAGAUUUACUGUUUUCUUUGGGAAACUAUCUUGUUCUUGAAGUACCUGCUUAAGCAGAAAGAGAAUUUGAAGUCAUAGCAAAUCCCUAAAUUUGUAAGCAUUUAGGGCAUAAAAACUUAAAAACUAAUAUUACAUUUAACAUCUAAAAUAUUUUAAUAGAUUUAGAAAAAAAAAACCCCAAACCUUCCAUGGGCUUUAAACUGUGAUCUAGUCCUGUGAAUAUCACUUAUAGACCCAGGUGGCCACAGAUGCCUUUAGAGAGGUCCUGCUUUUGAGCAUGAUUUUUGUCCACAAGGGAAUGCAAUUCUUUUGAAAGUUUACAGCAGUGCUUUUCUGUAGUUGUGAGGUGACAUCAGGAGAGGAGUUCUUGAAGAGGGAAUCAGAGAUCAGGUUAGUUAAUACCAAUUUCAAAUUCAGAUAUCAGGACUGUUGGAGUGCCUUUUUCUGUUUAUUUGGUCUUGAAAGAAAUACACUCUUGCAGGUCCCUAAGCCCUUGCCUGGGGAUGACCUUCCCCUUCAUAGCCUGAAGAAAGUCUUGAUCCUGAAAGUCAGCCUGCUGCUUAUGUUUCCCCAGUUGUUUAUCUAACUUGGAAAGACACUACUUCUCCUUCCAGUUUUACUGUGAAUUUUAUAUUCAGCAGUGAUCUCUCUUCCUACAAAUUACUUCAGUGCAUGCCUUACAACUCAAGUGGAGCCAUGCUGCUGCUUUGUAUAAUACAUUUUAUAUAUGUGCCAAAUCAGGCAUAGGCUAAAGUAACAUGUGGGAUGGGACCACCAUUCCUGUUCUUGCCUGGGGGUUUGAAGAACCAGGAAGCAGAAGAUACCAAGUGUCUCCUCCUCAUCCUUACUCUGAGGUACUAGGGCUCAAGUUCUGGUUCUGAGGAGGAAGAAGAUGCUGCUCAUCAAUGAGGUUGUCUGGAACUGAUACUCUCUUCUACCUCUCUUUUCUCCUGUCUCAGGGUCUUCCUCUUUUCUCCUUCCAUGAGAAGCAGCAAAUACUGGUCCUGUAGCAUCUUCAUUAGCAGUUGUAACCCUGACACUACUUCCCUGACACUAUCAACAUUAUUCUGAAGCUAAAUAGAAAAAAAGUGGGUUCUUUAAAGCACUGAGGGUAGCCAGAUCAGUCAGUAAGAAUAAAAUACUUCAGCCUUUGAAAAGUCCAGCAUAAACACAAGUACAUAUAUAGACUCACCUGUUAACUUUUGCUUCAAAGCUCAGCCUCUCUAAUUUGUUCAUCUGGGUUAAUUCCUUUAACCCCAGUUGUAUUUCAGUGCCCAUGAUUACAAGCAUCUUGGCUGUUGGAGCUGGUGUGUAAAUUUCAAGAAGCUGAGGCUCUUCUCUGUGUCCCACAAGCAUCUUGGCUUCUUCUCCCCUGCUAUCCUCACUUGAUCAGGUGGGGUGAGGCUGGCACCCAGCUUGCAAGCAUCAGUGAUGUUUAAAAGCAGAGAUAGUUUUGCAAGAAGCCCUUGGGCCUAUUAGAAAGCAGAGCUCACAGUGAGGUCUCUGGCUGACUUGAGGAGAGGAAGGGUAUUUAUCAUGCAGUGCUCAGCUAAAGGACACAUCUGGGCUUUUUGAUUUCGUUCAGCUUUCUCCAUUCAACCUCUGCUCCUACAGCUUGGUCACUCAGGCUAACACGAUGCUUCCAGGCUGAAACUAUGUUAGAUUAGCAGGAUCACAGAAUCACAGAAUCAUCGGGGUUGGAAAGGACCUCUGAGAUCAUCAAGUCCAACCGUUAAUCCACUACCACUGUGGUUACCAGACCAUGGCACUGAGUGCCACAUCCAGUCUCUUUUUAAAUAUCUCCAGGGAUGGAGAAUCCACUACUUCCCUGGGCAGCCCAUUCCAAUGUCUGAUCACCCUCUCUAUAAAGAAAUGCUUUCUAAUAUCCAACCUAAACCUCCCCUGGCACAACUUGAGACCGUGCCCUCUUGUCUUGCUGAUAGUUGCCUGGGAAAAGAGACCAACCCCCACCUGGCUCCAACCUCCUUUCAGGGAGUUGUAGAGAGUGAUGAGGUCUCCCCUGAGCCUCCUCUUCUCCAGACUGAACACCCCCCAGCUCCCUCAGCCCUUCCUCACAGGACUUGUGCUGGAGUCCCUUCACAGCCUUGUUGCUCAGUAUUAUUUAUACACACACACAUCCAUACCUAUGCUGUCUCUCACCCUAAUCUCUCUUUUAUGUGUUUCUAACCUGCUUUUUGUCAUUCAUUGCCAGCCAGCAGAGUGUGGCAGCAGUAGGAGUGUCUCUGAGUCAAACGUUGUGUUUCUGCAGUAUUUCAAUGCCUUCUUUGAUUUGCCAUCUCCAAGAUGCAACUAUACCCUAGCAAGAGGUGUUUUCAAAGAAUUAGGACCCUGUAUUAUUUAUACUUGUAUUGUUCACUGUCACAUGGUGGAAGAGGAAGACUUUGUGGCAUUUGCCCAUUCAGCCCCUCCUGCUGUUGCCCAUUGAAGCUGUGAGCCAUUCUGGUGCAGAAUGUUUAGUCAGUUGUUUAGUCACUGUAUUCCCUGUGAUGCUAAAACCACAGUCAAAAAGUCUUUGCUUUGACCUGAGAACUGCUAGCAAUGCAGGCAGAGCCUUACUUGGUUGAAUGCAACUGGAUACUGCUUUCCAAGGCACUGGGGAUUUGCCACACAAUUGUUAUUUUAUAUAAAAUGUAAUCCCCAUGUCCUGGCUACCAUUUUCAGUUAUUUUCCUUGCCAAUUCUCUGCCACCAGUCCACAAUGGCUUAGAAAAAAUCUGAUCUAACAAGUGUCAUCUGAGCUUUUACAUCAAUCCUGUUUGGUAUUAUUUUUAUAACAGAGAAACAAUUGAAGCCAUUUUUUUGGAACAGAAUUUCCUCAUGAGGGCGUAAGUGCUCACAACUUCUUACCCCACUAAUAUGUCAGCCAUCUUUCAGUUGUGAACUCUCAAGAGGAAUUGCAAAAAUAAGAGCAUGAUGAUUUACUUUAAAAACUGCAGGACACAUGUGGCGAUGUUUCUAUGGUUCCUUAGAGAAGUGGUUGCUAUAUUAACCAGUGAUGGAUGCCUGAGUACACAGACCUUGUCACAAAAGCAUUCAGUGUAUGUGUGUAUGCACAAUGUACACAGAUAGAUGCCAGAAAAGGUUCCACUGCUCUUCUGUGGUAUGGAUAUAGGCUCUAUUGAAAGGCAGUUUAUGCUGGAGUAGUUGUUAGGUUGCCUUAACUUUCUGUGCUGCUUUUUCUUACUUAGCAUUAGUACCUGUGAAAUGCUGUGUAGGUUAGCCCUUAGGUUGACAGGUGGACACCAUCUCCUGAGAAAUGGGGGACUUGCUGAGGCAGGAGUCUUUGCUGGCUGAGCUGGGUGCAGGACAGGGAGUCCACUUGCUAGGAAAGUGUGAGCCACAGGACAUUGCACAGGCUUUAUGCUGGAAACAAGGUUUCUGUACAACCUCAAAUCACACAUUGAUCCAUGUGAGGGGUCUCAGAAAAUGCAGUAUCAAAUGUGCAAAUUCAAAAAGGAUGCCACCUGUAAAAUGUUCAGUGGAAACCUGGUGUUUGGCCUAAUGUAGAUCAUCUCCCUUCUCCAAAGCCUCACAUAAAGCAUUUUGUGUAUAAAAUCACUUGUACUAUUUAAAUGAUAAAUUUAACAGAAAUCGAGACAGCCAUUCCUACUGGUAAAACUUAACAGGAUUUUGUAACAACGAUCUAGAUCUUGACAAAACUUUUGUCUUUUCUUCUAAAUCAGUGACUUGGGUGUGAACAUCCUAGUACUAAUGGGAAUCCAUUGUCUGUAUCCAGAUCCUAAAUUUGUGUCUCAGACUAUUUCCUAUGCUGAUGGAAAUAGUCCAUUUUUCUCUCAUUGGAAUGUUUGCUUUGGAGACCAUGAAUGUCCUUUCCUUAUGCUUAGGCAAUCUGGGAAGAGAGGCAGGUUUUGCCUGGCUGGUUGCCACACCUGCCUGUGGUGAGAAAACACUCAUAUAGGUUCAUGAGCAGUGAAAUAGCUUUAGAAUUAUUUCUGUUUCAAGAAAACAUGCCUUGAAAGGCAUGUUUCUAUUUUUGUCCUACCUAAGAAAUAGGAAAUUUGAUCUGAGCUGUAUUUUAGUAUGUACAAAUAGACACAUAAGACAUUUUAAAAGUUUUGAAGUGACAAAAUUCCACUCAAUUAUUUAUGAAUCUAACAACUGCACAGAAGACAGCACUUAUUAUCACAUAAAAGGGAAAAAAACCAACAGCACUCUGUCAGAAAACAUUUGUUUCUGAGAGUUUAGACAGCAACUUACUUAAUAUAUAGCAAGUAGUGCUUAUUUCAGUACAGAGAUGUAAUUGAUAGUAUCUUUCCAUUCUGUUGCUGGAAAUAGUAUUUACAUAGCAACGCUUUCUCUUUAGUUUCAUUUGUCCAUGCCAAAGAAUGCAGUUGAACAUGAAUGUAUUCACCUGAGUGCUUAAACUUUUCUACCUCUCAUAGCUGCAGCAACUGUUAUUGCACACAGUAGUCAAGAGAACUGAAUCCAUGUGAGAGUCCAAAUCCUAUUUUCAUAUAUGGCUUAAAGAUUUAGCAUUUAAUUCUUAUUAGCUUCCUGUCAGAUUCUUAUUCCUGAAAAAUGGGCAUAGGCACCCAAGAAGGGCUGUGUGAAUACCCCUUGUGCUUAGUCAAAUACUGAUUUUAUUUUGUGUUUUUGUUCUUGUUUUUUUCCCAAAUUUUUUUUUUUUUCCUCACCAAAACCAAAAGCCACCAAUUGUGAUUUGUUAGGCAUGGAAGUUUAUAUAUUAUCUGAAAAGCUGCACUUCACAGAGGUGGCAAAGAGCAGUGAGCUAUUGUCAAAAUGUCUGUAAUGGGCCUUCCCCAGCCCUCUCCACAGACAGGUUACCAAGAAACACACAUUUAAUCUCCCACUCUGCCUCAUGAAACACCAACCUCCAUCUGUAUAACAAAUGCUGCCACCAUGGUGUUAUCCUGGAUCCCUUUCAAAUCUUCUUUUUGGGGUCUUUCUACUUGGCUUGAAACUCCCAAGUAGUGAUGCUUUACUCUUGUGGUUCUGGUGUUUAUCAAGAAGAUAAAGUACUGGGCAGCAAGAACUGCUCACUGAAAUAGCUUGAAUUAUUUGUAUAUGGUGGAAACCAAAUCUGAGAUAUUUUUGUUCACCUCUCUCCACUUGACUAUGUUGUAAAGCAAGGGCUGACACAACCUGCAGGAGAUAGGUAUGAAAAUUCAUUGUUAGUAUUAUAUGUUAUUUAUUAUUAUCUUGGUUGAUCUCUCACAUGAGUGAGUAAACAGUCCUGUGACAAAACUACUUUAUUUCCUCCUUACUUUCCCCGUGUUCCCCCCUCAUCUCCAAAUUUGGGCAAAUUUGACUCUAGUUUGUAUACAGGUUCUAAAGUGUAUUUAUGAAUGUGAGAAAAACUGGAGCUCCUAUGGCAAACUACCUUUGGUUAAAACAUAAGAAAAAAUGUUGCAUAUUUUCCCUGUUCUCACUUGGGCUCCCUGAGGUAUGACACCAAACCCUUCCAUUUACAGAAACCAGGCUUGACUCAGGUGCCACAUUGCUCUAAGAGGUUCCCAAGGUUGGUGCCAGCAGUAGUCUGAGGAACCUGGUGGAAUUAAAUGAGUGCUGUGUUAAGCCAUAGAUUUUAAUGCAGGGAAGUGUUUGAAAAUAAUAUGUCACGUUACCCCAUGUAACAGAGUCCAGACCUCUUCCCCCACCCACUCCUGCAGCAGAGGGAAUUAUUAUUUGCUGCUAGCACUGUGAAGCCCAGCACCUUGUGUCUGAAACAGAGCGCAUCUUCUUGCAACACACUGGAUUUUUAUUACAUCAGUUAACCCUUUCCACUUUUUAAGCUUCUGCAAGAAUUUUAACCAUUAUUGUUUAGACAGUAUUCAACCUUUGGCUUCAUAAGCUGCUAAAGCUUUCCAUAUUAAACCUCAGGUUUUAGAAUUUUAAAGCACUCCUUUUGCUAAAUGUUGAACAGCACCCUCCCAAGGGGAGGACCACUGCAAUGACAUCCACAGCCAGUGCAGACAGAGGGCAUCAGAGCAGUUCUGGUCAAAUACUCUCUGAAUGACACUAAUGCUCUUUUUCAGCCCAAGUGACAUAAUUGAGACACCGAUAUAUUGUUAUCUGAAGUACACUGCUGAGAGGGUUUUGAAUGUUUAUGAGAAAAACAAAGCAACAAACAAAACCCCAACAGUUACACUUAUAUCUCCGUCCCCUAGACCCUUUCAUCUCCAAAAAACAUUGCUGCAUGAAGAGGGUUGUACUGACAUCAAGCUGAUCAGGUCUUAUAUCUCUCAUCUCUUCCUAGAAGGGACAAGGACUGCUGAGGGGUACCGGAGAUUGCCAUAAGCCAGGAGAGAAAUAAAUAGUGAGGAGAACUGUUAGUGAAUUCCCUAUGAGGCAUUUCAGCUUUCAUGCUGUGAUGUGAGGAAUCCAGAGUGGCAGUGCCUGCACUGGCAGCUCCAACACUAAUUUUAGCCUUUGCUUGGCCCACUUAGUCCCAGACUGCUCAUGUGGCUUCCCAGACAGCAGAGCAUCUCCUUGAAGUGUAUGUUUGCCUAAGAUCAGCUCCUGGAGAGAACCAUCUGUGUCAGCUGUGUGCAGCUAGUGUAAAGGUGUUGGCAUUGCUGCCAGAUUUUCAGGGGGUGCUUUGGAAACCUCUUUUUUCCACAUUGGCAGAUCCAGCAGCACUACAACUGAUUAACUGCUGGGUUACACUGCUAAAAGGUCCCCACAUCCUGUGUAUUGGGGAAAAAUUGGAACACUUUUUCAUAAUUGUUUUCUCUGUUGAAAGCAGUAGAGGGGGAGAACUUUUGCUGGUGUUUAUAGGUGAGCUUUUUGAGCCAUGCUGGAGCCAGGCCAGUCCACACAUGCAGAGAGUACAGCCUAGUUUGUGUUGAAUAUUAUCUCUCAUUAUUUCUAUGAGCUUUUGCAGCAUAAUGACUGCUGACUUGGAGCUUUAAUUGCAUGCAUUUGACAGAAACAAAACUGGAGUGAAGUUUAUUACUGUUUUGAUACAGUCUCAAAAGGGAAGCUUUUUACUAGCAUUUUAAUAUAGCCCUUUGUAAAUACCCAGUAAAUGAAAAUUUUGAGUCCAGUCCUUCUGCUAAUGGAGUCACUGACAAAGGUUCCUUUGGCUUUAGCAGGAUCCAGACUGGGUUCAGCAUAAGUGAUACACUCAGUGUUACUGAUAAUGAGUUACUGUGUUUUAUAUAUUGAUGCUUUUUGCUGGACAGUGCAUUGGCUUUUUAUGAUUUGGUGAUAUAUAUAAAUAAAUUAUCU